AUGGCGAUGCACGGGGGGGCACUGGGGGGACCGGGACAUUGCGCUGUGGGCACUGGGCUCUGUCCUGGGAGCACUGGGGCGCCGCACUGGGGAGGGCUGGAGGCUUUGUGCUGGGAGCGCCGGGCAGUGGAACCGGGGACGGUCGGGGGGCUCCGGUGGGACCGGAGCGGGGGGCCGGGAACGGGGGAGCGGGGGGAGCAGGUCCCGGGGAGCGCCGGGCCGGGGGCACCUGGCGGGGCGGCCCCGGGGGGGCGGGGGGGCCGGACGCCGUUACUUAAGGGCCGCGGCGGGGCCGGGACGGGCAGAGCGGGCGGCGGCGGGGACCGGUCCGGUCCGGUCCGGUGCGCCCCGGUGCCGCUCCCGGUCGCGGUGCCGGUCCCGAUCGCGGUGCCGGUCCCGAUCGCGGUUCCCGGUGCCGGUUCCCCGUCCCGUUUCCCGCUCGCGGUGCCGGUUCCCCGUCCCGUUUCCCGCUCGCGGUGCCGGUCCCGGUCCCGUCCCGGUGCCGCCAUGCGGGCGGGCUCUUGGCUGCUGCCGUUGCUGCUGGCGGCGGCGGCGGCGGCUCCGGUCGCCGGUGACGGCGGCGGCGCGGGGGGGACGAGGCCGGGGCCGGUGACGGCGGCGCCGCGCGGCCCCGGGGAGCCGUGCGGCGUUUACACCCCGGGCUGCGCGCGCGGGCUCCGCUGCAUCCCCCGGCGCGGGGAGCGCGCCCCGCUCCGCGCUCUGCUCCGCGGCACCGGGCUCUGCCGCCCCCUCCGCGCCCGCCCCGCGGCCACCGGAGCCCCCGCAGGGGACAGCCCGCACGAGGGGUCCCCCCCAACGCCGCCCCCCCGGCCCCCCCCGCCUGACGGGCAGGACGAGCUGGAGACGGCCCCGUGCCGCGGGCACUUGGCCGCCGCGCUGCAGGAGCUGCGGGCCGGGCUGUACCGCUCGGCCGCCGACAUCUUCCUGCCCAACUGCGACACCCGCGGCUUCUACCGCCCCAAGCAGUGCCGGGCCUCGCAGGGGCCGAAGCGCGGGCAGUGCUGGUGCGUGGACCGCAGGGGGGCACCCGCUGGCGGGCACCGAGGGGCAGGGGGGGGCCGCCCGCUGCCCCCCCCGCCUGAGGGGAACCCCAAGUACCGCGUCUGGUGGGCAACGGGGCUCCCGCUGCCUCUGCCCCGGAAACGGCCCUCAGACCCCCCCAAGUGCCGCCGCGACCCCAGAACUGCCCCCAAGUGCCCCCCAGAGCGGCCCCCACACCCCAAACCUGCCCCAGGCCACGCCCCACUUCCAGCCACGCCUCCAUUCACCAAAAGCCACGCCCGCCCCCCCUCAAAGCCACGCCUCAAUCUGCUACCAACCGCGCCCCACCGAUAAGCCACGCCCCCACACGGGACCAAACCACGCCCUGCCUCAAGACACGCCCCAAGGAGACACCACGCCUCCACUGGCGGUCUAGCCACACCCCCUUGUUCUAAGCCACACCCCCGUUUCCCGGGAAACGCGGUGACUUCCUGGCGGGAAGCGGGAAGCGGGAGGCGGCGCGCGGCGCGGGAGCGGGAGCGGAGCGCGGCCAUGGCGCGGGGGGGAGCGGGAGCUGCUGCUGUCGCUGCAGCGGGAGCUGAGCGAGGAGCAGUUCCAGAGCCUCAAGUUCCUGCUGGAGGAGCAGCUGCCGCGGGGGGAGCUGCUCCCGGCCUCGCGCCCCGAGCUGUGCCGCCUGCUGCUGCAGCGCUUCCCGGGCCGGGCCCUGGCCGUGCUCGCCGACCUGCUGCCCAGGAUCUCCCGCCACGACCUCGUCUGGCUCCACGGGCUCCGCGGCGCCGAGCAGGAGCCGCCCGGAGGGAAGGGGGACGCGGGGGGUCGCCCCGAUUCGCCGCCGGCCGCGGCGCCCCCAGCCGCGUCACCCCCGGCCACAUCACCCCCGGCCACAUCACCCCCGGCCACGGCGCCCCCGGCCACGGCGCCCCCGGCUGCGCGUCCCCGGCGUUUGACAGAGCAGGAUUUGAUGCAGAUCGCGCAGAAGCUGGGCAAGGAGUGGCAGGAGGUGGGCAUCGCGUGCCUGGGGCUGGGCAGCAGCCGCCUGGACCAGAUCCGGGAGGAGCACCCGCGCAGCGCGGUGCUGCAGAGCUUCGCCAUGCUGCUGGACUGGCAGCGCCGGGAGAAGGCGGCGGCCACGGCCCCCCGGCUCCGCGCCUGCCUGGCCCCCGCCAGCCUGGCCCCCGAAGUCUUCGACCUCCUGCAGAGCUUCGAGGGGGACUGAGGGGGCGCCCCGCGCCGGCUUGGCCGGAAAGGGAACAGUAAAAGCGUUUUAUUCCA